UAUUUACUGUACAGAAGCGACAGAGUACACAAGGCUGCGCGCGCUUGCUCGCUGUUAUUUCGUGCCUCUCUCCCGGUUCACUGCUGCUGGUGCGCUAUUGCGCAUGCUCAGAUCUCCAGCCUGCGCAGCUGCUUCUUUCUGCUUCACUGAAACGUUGCCUAUUUUUUGGAGAAGAGGAUUUGUUUUUUCCCCCAUUGUUCCAGUCUGGGCUCAAAAAAUUAUUAAAAUUCGAGCCUAAUGGAUGUAAAGGUGACUACGUCAUGGAGCGACCGCCUUCAGCAUUACGCAGACCUCCCAGCGAACAUGGACCGGUUGGCAAUGAAGAAAUACAGACGCGAGGCAUAUCAUAGAGUAUUUGUGAACAGAAGUUUGGCAAUGGAGAAGAUCAAAUGCUUUGGUUUUGACAUGGAUUACACUUUAGCAGUGUACAAAUCCCCAGAAUACGAGUCCCUGGGUUUUGACCUGACUGUUGAGCGACUGGUUUCAAUUGGCUACCCACAGGAACUGCUCGGCUUUGUAUACGAUCGAUCCUUCCCCACCAGAGGUCUGGUCUUUGACACUUUAUACGGCAACCUCUUAAAGGUGGAUGCCUAUGGAAACAUCCUGGUGUGUGUCCAUGGCUUUAACUUCCUGCGUGGACCUGACAUUCGAGAGCUCUACUCCAACAAAUUCAUCCAGCGUGAUGACACUGAACGCUUCUACAUCCUUAACACUCUCUUCAAUCUGCCAGAAACCUACCUCUACGCCUGCCUCGUCGACUUCUUCUCAACCUGCGACCGGUACUCAAGCUGUGAGACGGGCUUCAAAGACGGAGACCUCUUCAUGUCUUUCAAGAGCAUGUUCCAGGACGUGCGAGACGCCGUCGACUGGGUCCACUUUAAGGGAACUCUGAAGGAGAAAACAGUGGAAAAUCUGGAGAAAUACGUGGUGAAAGAUCCCAAGCUGCCUCUGCUGCUCAGCCGCAUGAACGAAGUCAGCAAAGUGUUCCUGGCCACCAACAGUGACUACAAAUACACAGAUAAAAUUAUGACCUACCUGUUUGAUUUCCCUUACGGUCCAAAGCAAGGCCUUCCGCAUCGCCCGUGGCAGUCUUACUUCGAUCUGAUCCUGGUAGACGCACGGAAACCACUGUUCUUUGGCGAGGGAACUGUGCUGAGACAGGUCGAUACGACCACCGGGAGACUCAAGAUCGGAACAUAUACCGGCCCUCUGCAGCAUGGCAUAGUCUACUCUGGAGGUUCCUCAGACAUCCUGUGUGACCUGUUAGGUGCUAAAGGGAAAGACAUCCUCUACAUUGGGGACCACAUCUUUGGAGAUAUUUUGAAAUCCAAAAAGCGCCAAGGUUGGAGGACGUUCCUGGUAAUCCCCGAACUCGCCCAGGAGUUGCAUGUCUGGACCGACAAGAGCUCGUUGUUUGAAGAACUCCAGGGUCUGGACAUUUUUUUGGCAGAGCUGUACAAGCAUCUGGACAGCAGCAGCAACGAGAGACCGGACAUUAGUGCCAUCCAGAGGCGAGUGAAGAAAGUGACCCACGACAUGGACAUGUGCUACGGCAUGAUGGGUAGUCUGUUCCGCAGUGGCUCUCGCCAGACCCUGUUUGCCUCGCAGGUGAUGCGCUACGCCGACCUGUACGCUGCUUCCUUCAUCAACCUGCUGUACUACCCAUUCAGUUACCUGUUCAGAGCUGCACACAUACUGAUGCCCCACGAGUCGACGGUGGAGCACACGCACGUGGACGCCGACACAGAGUCGCCUUUGGCCACACGCAACCGUCACUGCGUCGACUGCAAGGAAAUAGACUGCAAACGCAGCCAGCUGACACGCUCCCUGAGCGAAAUCAAACCCCCUAAACUAUUCCCCCAGGCUCCACAGGAGAUCACACACUGCCACGACGAAGACGACGACGAGGAGGAAGAGGAGGAAUAGACGUCUCUCAUUUAGUCAGGCCUGAACUUUUCUUCAUUUCCCAAAGGGAAAAGUUUAACUUUAGUAAAGGGAACAAUAGUAAGGGAUUUUAAGACAAAGAGGAAUCUUAGCUUUAAGUUUAAGUAUAUAGAUUUUUUUCUAACUAUAUGACGUGUAGCAUGUGAGAGUCAAGCUAAAACGGUUUAUAUAUCAAAGUUAGGUUUGGCUGAAGAAUCUUAGAAAAGGUCUCUGUUGACCUGUUUUCAGUUAUUUUUUUUAUUUUUUUUUGCAGAGUUUUACAGUUAACAACAUAGUUAGAAGACAAAACAGCGAAGCACAUGUGUCAGUUACGGUAAGCUACAGAAACUCAGGCUGAUAUAAGACGUGUAUAAUAAUGAGUUUACAGGAGAUGCACAACUCAUUUUUAAAGGUCAGUCAUAUAUAAAAUGACCACACAAGCAGCUAUGCUUCAUGUUAGUUCAUUUCCAGCCUGUUAUUACUGAAUUGUCUAAGCAUCUGUAUAUCUAACAUGAUACUCAUUAUGCAUCACGCUGUAAUUUAGCUGGAAAUGCAUCAUGUUUAAUCUGAUUGUUUUACACCUAAUGACUGUCUAUAGUUAGAAAAGCAACCCCACUGGGUUCAUGCUGUUUCUCGGCUCAUGUUUUAAUAUUUUUCUUUUCUUUUUCUUUUUUUUUUUUUAACACAAGCCUUUGUUUCAUUUGAACAUCAUUUGUCUGUACAGCAGAUUUUGGCUAAACGCUGCCUCAUACAGGACUUAGGGGGAAGAGCAAAGCAUGUGUUUUGGCACGAUGUGCCUCUUAUUAGAGAGCUGCUCAUGAUGGGAAUGUAAAUGAAGUCCAGAGGGGGGCUGCAGCACGCCGUGACGGCCAAAGUGACGGCUACGAAAGAAUGCCACUUACACAAGUGCCCCUGUUACUUGGCAACCGCCGUGCCAGGCAAACCACAUAUGGUUAGUUAGAUGUCGUUGUUUUUUUUGUUUGUUGUUUCUUUUUAAUGGCAGUGAUAUCAAGUUGCCAAGUAUAGUGCUAUGCAGCAAAGCAAGCUUUUCUCAUUCACACAAAAACACUUCAAAGUAUCGUCAUAUUUUUAUACUCGACAUCUACGUUCAUGGAGAUAACCUACCAAAAUUUUAAUCUUUCCAGUGCCAUGAUGCUAACAGACAUUUUUAGCCAUACCAUUUGCCACGCUGUGCAUAAAAGUGACCUUGAUAUGCAAAAAAAAAAAGACAACAUAGAAAAAUAAAUAAAAUAAUCCUCUUGUAAAUAGUGUACUUUAUAGCUGGUGUGAGUAGAGAGUGUCCAGAAAUAAAAUAUAUUGGAUAUAUAAAAUAUAUAUGAGCAUCAGAUUUCGAGAGCAUUUAGCUUGGCAGAUUGCAGUUUGAGUAGUUAAGUUUAGCGUAUGAUAUCAAUGGAGAGUUUACCUCCAGAGGACCAAUAACAUUAAGAGCACUCUGACCAGUGAUAUUCUCAACACAGCAAGGUCCCUAUAGCAGAGGUGCCAAUAUUUACAGUGAAACUGGUGCAUUUACUGGUUUUGACUCUUAGUCGAUGUGAUACGAGAGACAUAAUAGCUUUUUUAAUAUGUCGUUUUAAUUUUUUUUUUUUAUCUUGGUGCACUUUGUACAUUCUCUUGCCAGUCAAUAGAAAACUAGCAGGCAGAACUGAUCUGUUUGGUCGGUAAAAAAAGAAGGAGCUGAAUUAUUUAUUCCUGCUGUUUGACACAUCUGAAAAAAGUAACCUUAUCGUCCACCAUCUUGCUCGAUGCCUGGGGUCUAGUUAGAUGAUUGACUUACAUGAUUAAACAGUGAUAAAACCACUGGCAACCACUGUAUAUAAAUAAAAGAAACCAGAAUAGAUAUGCAAUGUUGGUGCCUCUGCUGUAGAGUUAAACUGGAAGCAAUAGAUACAGUAGAUUUGUAGUUUUUUUUUUUUUUUUGAAUGAAUGAAUGAAUAUUAUAUUUGAUAGAAGGGAAAUGAUUCAAUUGCUGAACAGAGCUGUGAAUUGAGUCUAAUUGUCUCUUACAGGAGUAAGUAGACCAAAAAAAAACUCACAUGCUCACUAUCAAGACACAAGAUAACAGCCCUCGGUUUACGUUAUAGAGCUAAUCAGGGCUUAUUAAACUUUUGUCAGUAUUUUGGUCAAACAGUUUUUGUUCCAAAGCAUUUCUAACAUGUAAAUGACACCGAUUCAAACAAGCUGUUUAACACUUGAUAAGAUAAAGCUACAUUUUUAUCCAGCACAACGUACAGAUUACUGUAUUUACAGUCUGUUGUUAAUGUACAUGGUUUUUAUUAUUAUUAUUAUUAUUAUUAUUAUUAUUAUUAUUUUAUUAUUAUUGUUUUUUUUAAAUAGUCGUAGUUUAGAGGCAGUCGCUGAAAAUGAAGGGGGGGGCAGGUAUUACUUUCUAAAGAUAAGGCUAAUUAGGUUAGACUAAUUAGCCUAUAAUGCUAAUUAGUUUCAGGUCUAACUAUGCGAACUUCAUAUGCAGAUUAUUUUACUGUCUUGUUUUAAAACUGGAAAUCCACAUAAUCCACAGUAAGCCGUACGAACUCGAAACCGGAUGUCAUCAUGUAUUUCCGACGAAGGUAAAAGUUUUGCACACACAAAAAAAAAAAAAAAAAAAAAUCGACAGAAAACACAGACACCAUCCCGAGAAAACCUUGUAGCAUUUGCGCCAGAACACUGUUUAGACUAUUUUGAUGAUUAUUAAAAGGCAGUAUUUUGUGCCGUGUAUCAUUGGGUAACGUGAGCGAUGUUACAGCAGUUUUGUUGCAGGCUUUGUACAGAGUAAAGUCUAUAGAAUCACUCAGGUGACAUGCUGGUUGUUGUUUAUUAAGGUGCGACCACAUAAAUUGAUGCAUUUUAUUUUACACGCAUUUCCGCUAAAAAAAUUAGCCCGAAGUCACGUAUUAAGUGACAUUUUUUGAAGUCAGCUAACUCAUGGCCUCAAUACAUUAUGGCCGCACCCUAUUAAAAAUAACCACAGUGUCGCCUCAGAGGUUCCUUAUAAAAAAACAAAAACAUUUAACUUUGAAAGGGAAAAUAUGAAGAACUUGGGGAUAUUUGAGAACGGCACAGUAUCCAUGUGUGCCUUUAUACCAAUGUUGCAGACUGUUUCUCAUGCAUUGUUUACAGAUAUGUAUAACGUGAUAAUACAUACUGUACUUUUGCUCUUUUUGUGUUUUUUUUUCUUUCUGUCGAUUAUAGAAACCUGCAUUCAUUUUGAGGCAUUUUGGAAGGACAGGAACUGUCCUGUAUGCAUAUGUACCUACCAUUACAGAUUCCUCCUUGUCGAUUUAUUUUCACAGUGUUGAGUAGAAACAUGUAGACAAAACAAAAAGCUGCUGUGUAAAGUGCAAGGUGCGGGGAGAAGGUUUGCUGUGUUAUGAUUCCUAGUGUUCGUUUCUCUUGUAUGUCUCUGUUCAGCUUGUACGUUUAGGGAGGCUGCACUGAAAUGUGAAAUAAAGAUCAUCUGACAUAA